GUCACACGCCCUGCCGCUGUAAAAGCCGCGGUCGGCCGUUGCGUUGCUCCCUCACCGCGGGCACCGGGAGCCUCUCGGGACAGCCCCGGGCCCGCUGCGGCCUCGCGCGGAGGAGCCGCGCCGCCAGCGCGCGUUGAGCUUCUCCGGAGGCAGCCGCUGAGGGGCGAGAAGAGAAGGGACUACUUUUCACCGGAUCCGCGCCUGCGCAGUACGGAGGAGCGAGGGCGCGGCGGAAGACACCGGUCAGCGCUUCAUUCGCCGCGAGCGCGGGAGGUGCUGCGUCCCGGGGUGAAAUCACUGCGCGCAGUCGGAGCGUGAGGGGAGCCGCGGGCGCCAUUUUGAAGCGGUUGUUGGGGGAGGCGGCGCGCUCGCUCCCGUGUGCCCGGCCCGGCCCCGCGCCCGCCGCCCGCCCGCUCCCUGCGCCCGGCCCUGCACCGCCGCAGCCAUUGCCGACCUUGCCAUGUCCGGAGGGGGCGUGAUCCGCGGCCCAGCCGGCAACAACGACUGCCGCAUCUACGUGGGGAACCUACCCCCCGACAUCCGCACCAAGGACAUCGAGGACGUCUUCUACAAGUACGGGGCCAUCCGCGACAUCGACCUCAAGAACCGCCGCGGGGGCCCGCCCUUCGCCUUCGUCGAGUUUGAGGACCCCAGGGACGCGGAGGACGCCGUCUACGGGCGGGACGGCUACGAUUACGAUGGGUAUCGCCUCCGCGUGGAGUUCCCUCGGAGCGGCCGGGGCACCGGCAGAGGCGGCGGCGGCGGCGGAGGGGGUGGAGCCCCCCGGGGCAGGUACGGCCCCCCGUCCCGGCGCUCGGAGUACAGAGUGAUUGUCUCGGGGCUGCCUCCAAGUGGAAGUUGGCAGGAUUUAAAGGAUCACAUGCGUGAAGCAGGUGAUGUAUGUUAUGCUGAUGUUUUCCGAGAUGGCACUGGUGUCGUGGAGUUUGUACGGAAGGAAGAUAUGACCUACGCUGUGCGAAAACUGGAUAACACUAAAUUUAGAUCUCAUGAGGGAGAAACUGCCUACAUCCGUGUUAAAGUUGAUGGCCCAAGAAGUCCAAGCUAUGGAAGAUCUCGGUCACGCAGCCGUAGUCGUAGCAGAAGCCGUAGUCGAAGCAACAGCAGAAGCCGCAGUUAUUCCCCAAGAAGAAGCAGAGGAUCUCCACGCUACUCUCCCCGCCACAGCAGAUCCCGAUCUCGUACAUAAGCGAUCACUAGCUCUGAUCUUUUUGUAGAAGCCCAUGUUGUACACAGUUUUCCUUUACUUAGUACAGUCUCUCAUUAUUCCUUUUUUUUUUAAUUUUUAAAUUCCAACUGUUUUACUCAAAUUGGCUGAAGUGUUGAAUUGCAUUCUUGUGUAAAAUCCCUAGUGAGUAUUUGCUCCUUCACAUCGACAUUCCCCUCAUGUCUUUGGUAAAUUGUAUUUUAAUUGAUGUCAGUCAGGAUUGUUUCGGUUUAGUUUCUAGUUAAAUACCAACAUUCUUGGAGCUGUGGUAUUGCUGUGUAAAUGUCUCAGUGUUCAGCUAUGGUUUAUACGAGCUGGGGAUGUUGGGAUGUUUGUGGCUAACUUGUCUCUUCUGGGGGAUCUUAUAUUUUAUCUUGCCUUUUCGUGUGUCUUUCUGUAGACAUAUCUGAAGAGAUGGAUUAAGAAUGCUUUGGAUUAAAGGAUUGUGGAGCACAUGUCAAUCAUUUUAGGAUUGUCAAAAGGAGGAUUGAGGAGGAUCAGAUCAAUAAUGGAGGCAAUGGUAUGACUCCAAGUGCUAUUGUCACAGAUGAACUUGGCAGUAUUGACCUUAUACCGAGAGCCAGGCUAAUGGAGCGCGUGCACCUCCGUGUCACGUCAGGCAUGGUCUAGUUACCGCAGGCUACAAUUGCUCUUUGCUUUAAAACUCUCUUUUGGGGGGGCAAUUGUGGCUAAAUACUUGCUUUUGUUAUUCUCUAGUCCAUUAUUCCAUUCUGGUUUUAGUUUGGUUUUUUUUUUUUUUUUAAAGGAAUAAACUGGGUCGGGGUGGGAGUUUUGGUUUACUUUGUCACGCAGCAUUUGGUUACAAGUGUUAAAUGUUCUGUGGUAGUCGUGCACUUGUAGUAGAUCAAAGGGUAUCUUUCAAUCGGAGUAUAAUAUCAAUACUGCUAAAAUCUGCAUGUCCUCUGUGUGACUGAUACAGCGUUGCUAUUGCAUUUCUUAAAGUAUCAGACUGAAAGCAAAAAUACAACCAAACAACUUAGAAAACCAAGUGGGGAAUAACUUAAAGUCUCAGCCCUGCCCCCUCAGACUAAUUGUCAAUUGACUCACCGAUCCGUUUGCGAACUCCAGUUCCCGGUGUUCCCUUCCAGCCGGGAAUGCUGUUGUAGCUCAGGCCUGCAGCAGGUGGAUAGUGUUGGCAGUUAAAGCUCUUCCAGUUUCGUAGCCCAUUUUUUGCGACCACAAAGCCGUGCGAGCGAUGAGUAUGUUGGCAUUUUCAGUUGACAUAUUGUAAAUAUGACAAAUGUUUCCUCCGAGUAGUAAUUAACAUUUCUAAGAAAGAAUUAUCUGAGCAUCACCAUUCACGAGUUUGUUUUGGGGAAUUGAUAGUUAUUACUGUACAUCUCUGUUAAUUGAUGGCAAACAUAACUGAUCAUUCCCCAGAAUCCUAUUUUUUCAUUACAGUAUCUAACUUUUUGCCUCCUCUUUUUUGGUUUUGCUGGUUAUAAAGGUUUGGAUUGGAGAGGGCUCACUGGAUCCCAAUCCUUGGAGCUGGAUCAUUGGAUUCAAAUCAUAAUGUGGAUAGGAUAGGGAGGCUGAAUUACAAGGAUUCAUGGAGCGGGAUCAAAUUACCAGGAACAUAGGAGUGGAUUCCUGCCCCAACCAAACCGCACUCGUGUGGAGUCUUUUUGUUAUUCAACUCAAUUGGCUAUUCCAAAGAUACCUUUUUUUUUUUCCUAUUUUUGACGAUGGGAGCCCUUAAGAUGCACGAUGGAGUUUUUUCCAUGGUUUUUGGUAAAAGGAGCAAAGCGAGGACCUGGAGAGGUGCGUUGGAGCGAUCUCCUUGGAAGGAUUCAGCACAAGUAGAUGGUAAACGCUAAAGGGGAAAAAGGGGGGUUUGUUUAAAACAUUAAACCGAAGUCAUUUCUCUAAAUUUAACGACCAAUUGGAGUUAAAGAUUGAGCAGGUUUUCAAUUGGCUUCUGCCUUUUCCUUUUCUUUAACAAAUAAAAUUUUUACAGAAACACA